CCCCCCCCCCGUACGGUGGCAUGGGAUGUUGGGCGAGUCACCGUGCCUGUGUAAGCCUCGGUCCUUAUCUGUAAAAUCGGGAGGAUCAUAACCACGCCUGCUUAUGGCCUCCAGGGAGGGUUAAAUGAGAUGACGUACCUGGAGCAUAUUAACAGAGUCUUGACACAGAAGUGCUCGUGAGCAUUAGCUUUUGUUCUCCCCGAAUGUCCCACUCUGCUCAGGGUCUCUCCCCCACCUUUUUUCCCCCUGAAUUUGAGAAAGCUGAGUUCCAGAGAAUAGGUUUGUAUAACUAAGUGAUAAACCUCCAGAAAGAUCAUUUAUAGGAAGGAUAGAUGACGUUUCAUUUCAGCUGCAGGUGGCCCCCGCACAUGCAGGGAGAUUGAGGAAAGGCCUGAUGAUAUCGUCUCCUACGUCUGUGCAGAAGGAGUAGGCCUGUCCUCCUGGGUGGCAGCUUAUCCCACAGCCGGAGCAGGCUGAUUGCCUGCAGGUGUAUUUUUGCUUCGUCCCCAGAGACAGCACCUCAGUCUCUCCUUGCAGGGGUGACUCUCUGGACUCAUUAAACCAUCUCUGUUCAGCUCUGAAGGAGAACUGAUCGCAGUUGGUGCUUUUGUCUUGUGACAGCAGCAUUACCGCCAGCCGUGCAGGGUCCUCUUGGGCAAGUAGCUUACAAAUUGCCUUGAGUGCCACAAGCAGGUGAUUUCGUACCCUUUAUUUUUCCUCCUUGAUGAGUUUUCACAGUUAGGAUAAAUUCAGAGGUGCUGAUGUAUUGUUCUGAGUCUCCCUUAACCCGUGCUGUCCUGGGCUUCUGCGAUGUGUGUGUGUGUGUGUGUGUGUCUAGUCUUAGAGGUUUGUCAGUGCAAGCUCGCUCAGAACACAGGGCUGUUUGCACAGAGACCAAAGCCCAGUCAGUUCUUUUCACUUUCUUUAAUCAUUGGGUCCUGGAGCUACAGAACCUCUCACUUAAUUAGCAUAACCACACUAAUUUGGGCUCCUGCCUCAGCUUGUCAAGAGUGCCUUACAAAUAGUAAUUCUCUGAGCUCAUCCGAAAACCAAAGGCAGAGAUCAAAAGCAUGCUUUUCUGCAUGCUCUGUCGUUGUUUUUUCUGUUCACUGGGAACCGUGUCUCUUAAUUACCCUAAACGUUCAAGGUUAUAGAAUAAAUACAGUUUUUAUAUGUGACCAAGAUAGGAAUUGGGUUAGGGACCUGGACCACAUUUCGGCCCUGUGUUGCAGGGAGCCCAAAGUGCCCUGGUCCCAGCUUGGUAGGUGAAAUGCUCCUACCGGUGAAGAAAUCGUGUGCACUAAAAUCACCGCGGGGAACAUGUGAGUGGCUGUCGCUAGGAAUGCUUCGAACAGUGACAUCUUUGGUCGAUGGAGAGGGACACUCACUGGCCUGAGUGUCUGGAAGUGCCACAGACCUGCUGUGCCUCUGGGGCAGGCCACGAUCCCUCCCCGAACCUUGGGACUGGAGGGGUGAUUCCUGAGUUGUUUAAGGUCGUAAGUCCUAUUAAGGAUUUGACAGAAGCUCAGUAGACCCUGUCCCCAGCGAGAAAGAUGCAUUUAUGUGUGGACAUGGUUUUACCCCUCUAAAUUGCUGCUACUGUAGGAUAAAUAAUAAUUAGCAAACACUCCACGUCUCGGAACGCUUGAAUGGAAUCUCAUGUAUCUGAAAUAAUCAGGACUUAGUUUCUCCCACUUUAGUCACACCUGGGUUCAAAUGACUGUUAACCAUUGUAUAUUCCUGGAGUUUGGUGAGGGUUCUACCAAAUGAUGCUUGUAAGCUGCUUAAGCAUAAUGUCAAUGUGGGUAAAAGGAGAAACCCUUUUGCCUUCUGCAUGAAAACUCUUUUAAUUUACAUGCAGUAAAAUUGACCUUCUUUGGGGUAUACCGUUCGUUGUCUUGAGCUGUGACUCAUCUCUAGACUUGUGUAGCCUCUGCCACAGUCAGGAUUGAGACUUGCUGCCUCUUUGUGGCCAGUUCCUUCCCCCGUCCCUGACUCCUAGCAGCCAUGGGUCUGUUUUCCAUCCCUGUAGUUUUGCCUUUUCCAGAAUAUCAUGUAACAUGUAACUUUCGGAAAAUGGCUUCUUUUACUCAGUGUAGUGCCUUUGAGAUUCAUGCAGUUGUUCUUACCAGCAGUUCAUUCCUUUUUGUAGCUGAGUUGUGUUCCAUUGUGUGAAUAUCGUCAGUGUUUAUCUGCGUAGAAUUUUAUCUUGGUUAACUGGGUCUGUUUCCUGGAAAUAGAUAGGGAUGGCAUUUGACCAACAAAAAUCAAGCAGCCCAAUUAAAAAAUUUGAGUAGCCGUCUCCAGAGAAGAUCACAAAUGGCCAAUAAGCACAUGAAAAGGUGCUCAACACCAUCCGUUAUUAGGGAAAUUAGGGAAAUGCAAAUCAAAACCACAGAUGCAACGUCACACCCACUAAAAUGGCUGCUUUCAAAAAACAAAAAACGGAAAAUGACAAGUGUUGGUGAGGAUGUGUAGAAAUUGGAACAGUUGUUGCGGGCCGGCAUCCUUUCAUACGCACAGCUCUGGAGGCGGAUCUCUGACCCUGGGUCUGGGGCUGGUGGAGACCAGCCUCGGGUCCAAGGCGCCCUAGCACUCUAGUUUUUGCCCUCAUGCGGCACAGUAGUGACAGAGAUGACAUACGGAGACCACAUGGACAGGGAAAGGCCCUGAGACUAGAUGGAGGGAAAGUAGGGACCCACUUGCCCCCAGGAACCUGGUGACUCCAUCCCGGGGGGGGGGGGGGGUGUGGGGUGGGGCAGUCAUUGAGGUCGGUCAGCCAUCUGAGCGGUUCCUCGUUUCCCAGAACAGAGUUUACGUCGACAUCUCUGUGCUCAGCUCCAGAUUCUCUCAGGCUCACCUGUUGUAUUCAGUCCAGCCAUUGCUGCCCAGAUCAGUUCUGCACAGGCUUCAACCAGCUGCUCAUAGGUGUCGCCCAGCACCUCUUCGGGGCUUCUCCUUAAUGCUGCAGUGUGGGAUGCUGUAGAAAUCUGCUUGGCGUGCGCAGCCCGGAAGUGCCGGGGACCCCACCUCUUUGAGGCAGACUUUGACCAGCGCAGAUGAGAACCAGUGGACCCCUGCUUUCCCUUUCAUCCGCAGGGCGUCAGUCCAAAGACACAGUACCUGCCACUUCCCAGAAGGUCCGAGGGGUUAAGGAGCGGAUCUUUGUGGUGGACAACGUGAUCAUGCCCUCUUGUGCUUCCCUGUCCCUCGGCACUGCUCCACUCUUCACUGGGGUUUGCACACUAAAAGAAAGAAACUGGAACCAUCGUGCACUGCUAGUGGGCACGUAAGAUGCCACAGUUGCUAUGGAAAACAGCAUGGCGGUUCCUCCAAAACUUAAAAAUAGAAUUACCAUCUGACCCAGCAAUUCUGCUUCUGAGUGUGAGGAAAUAAAAGCAGGCUCUCGGGAAGACAUUUGUACACCCAGCUUCAUAGCAGCGUUGUUCACAGGAGCCCAGAGGUGGGAGCAACCCAAGUGUCCACCGAUGGACGAGGAGAUCAACAAAACGUGGUCGUACACACAACGGAACGUUAUCCCGCCUGAAAAGGAAGGAAAUUCUAACACGGGCUUCAUCGUGGAUGAACCUUGAGGACAUGAUGGCCAGGUGAAAUAUGCCGGUCGCAAAAGGGCAAAUACUGUAGGAUCCCGCUAGCACGGGGUACCUAAGAGUGGUCGAAAUCGUAGAGACAGGAAGUAAGUAGGAUAGUGGUUGCAGGGGCUGGGGGAGGGGAGGACGGGUGGUUACUGGUUAACGACGCCUUGUUAAGGCCAAAGGAGUUGUGUGGCUGGAUGGUAGUCAUAUAUGUGACGGGAUGAAUGUGCUUGUUACCACCGAACUGUGCACUUAAAAAUGGCUAAGGUGCUAAAUUUUACGUUACGUGUAUUUACCACAACUCAUAAAGACUUACCUACAGUUAGCAUGUUUGUCAGUACUUAAUCAUUGUUUAACCUUAAAUGUCUUUGCGAGUUGUAUUAAAACAUUGAAAUAAUCAUGGGACAAGACAACUGUGUUACUGGGCAGCAGUGCUUAUGGCAAAAAUGGCUUCUCAUUUCAUUAAUUCAUCUGAGCUGGGAGGAACCAGACGUAGUCUGUAAGCACCUGGUGGGACAACCAUGCUUGGGACUUCACGCGGUGACGACUCUAACUGGGCGUGUCCCCCGAGGAAACCUGCGUGAUUAUGAGAUGGUGGUUCCUGUGGGGCAGGAGGCUUUUAAGCCAGGGUGGAUCCUGUACCCACCCAAUGUGGAUCUUGUCGCCUUGGACCUGAGCUGCUCAGCUGUGCUGGGCUCCUGCAAGGACCCUCACAGAGAGAGGGUGCUGUCCAGGGCUGCCCUCUGGCAGCCUUUGGUGCCCACCUCUGUCUGCCUGAACAGAUGAGUCCAUGGGUGGCCAGCGGAAGUGCAGCGGGGGCCAGAGCCCGGUGGGUGUUGUGGACUGGCACAGGGUCAGUGCUUAGCGCACGUCAGCGCUUGAUAAAGACUCUCGCGCUCCCCCGUGGCUUCCAUCCGAGACUGCCUGGAUACCGUUGUUGGCACUCACUCUCUGAGUUGAGAACACAGAUGGCAUUUACUCCACCGUUUGGCAGGAUUCCAGGCUAUUGGCCCCAUUCAUGAGAAGGUAUCACUGACCUGGCGGGGAGGGGAGGAUGAUCUAUGGAGAAGCAAGAUCGCGGCUGUUCCCGAGAAUUUUAAGGCCAGGCAGACUCUGUUAGAUGGAAUGGUGCCUCCAUUGGGGAGCUGCCUCCUUGAGAUUGCCACGAUAGGGUCUCUGGUCCCGUGAGUAUCACUGACCCAUCUCUGUGAGUCCGGGAUCACAGGCCGUCGCUGUAUUGUUUUGGUAAUACGGCACCAACACACGUAAGGCAUGUUGUCGGUUUAAUAACGCUUCUCAGGAAACAAAGAAAAUACAUUAGCAACGUAGAUUAUAAAAGAACACCCCGGGGGCGCCUGGGUGGCUCAGUCGGUGAAGCGUCCAACUUCGGCUCAGGUCACGAUCUCGCGGUCCGUGAGUUCGAGCCCCCCGUCGGGCUCUGGGCUGAUGGCUCGGAGCCUGGAGCCUGCUUCCGAUUCUGUCUCCCUCUCUCUCUGCCCUCCCCCGUUCAUGCUCUGUGUCUCUCUGUCCCAAAAAUAAAUAAAUAAACGUUAAAAAAAAAAUUAAAAAAAAAAAAAGAACACCCCUGAUUUCAAAAGUUAAAUUGUGAAGAAAUAUACAUCUCCGGUUCAGGGAAAUACAAUGUGAAGCAUUGAUUCAUUCUUUUAGCUGGCUUCUUGAGCACGUAGCGUCUACAGUUCAUGGCACCAGAUGCUGGGGACGUGGCGGAACAGAAGCCCCGGCCCCUGCUCUCACAGAGCUCAAGGCAACUGGUUCAGCCUCUGCGAGCAGCACCUAGCCGUUGAAGAGUCAGACUCUGGAGCUUAACAAAUGGAGUCCUGUUCUCGUCUCGCAGUUAGGUGUCUGGACACCAGAGGAAAAUUACUUUGCGGAUCACUGUGCUCACGUAGACUGUGACAGAUGGGGUGAUGAGCGCGCAUCCCGGCUUACACCUGCUGUCCUGGCGUAGUUAUUAAUAGCAUCCUCCCUGGCACUCUCAAAAAUGUCCUAGUUUGGAUGGGAAAACACCGAGGGAGGCGUCAUUUACAACUGCUGGGUUCCACAUUUGUGCUGGAGAGGGUCUUGGUUUGCAGCGAGAGAACUGUUUCAAGAUAGGGUCUGUUCCAAUGCAGGAUCGAGCCCACAGAAGCUGCGGGAGGGUCAGCGAGUUGAUCUGAGUCCCAUUCUCCCUGUGGGCACCUGCCUCUCCGUAUGUUCUAGUCACUCAACUCAUGGAAGCAUCAAAAUCUGGGACAGUCUGGUUUAAAAAAACAAUAAACAUGCACAUACAACGAUCAGAACGGGUUUUCCUUAUGAUCACAAUCAGGUUAACCAGAUCUUAAAUUCAUAUUCUUCGGAACGGAUAGAAAGGAUGUUAGUGUUUGUGUCAAGUCUUACAGAGGAAGUUGGGAAAAUAAUUAUAUGGCAACACGGGUCUAGGUGAAGGUGGAUGGAGAUUUUGUUUCCUGUGUUGCUAUAGAAGUGUGUAUGGGAAGAUUGAAUUUUUAUACAGUUUCAUUUUUAAACAGUAUUUUUUUAAGUUUAUUUCUUUUGAGAGGGUACGCCCAGGAGUGGGGGAGGGGGAGAGAGACAAUCCCAAGCAGUCUCCACGCUGUGAGUGCAGAGCCCCCUGUGGGGCUCAGACCUACGAACCGUGAGAUCAUGACCUGAGCUGAAACCAAGAGUCAGGUGUUUAACCAACUGAGCCACCUGGGCACCCCUAAAAUUUCAUUUUUAUUUAAGUGAUAUACCUGAUGUUUAAGGAGAACAUUUAGAAAGACAGGACACUCUGUAUUUAUGAUAAGUUGGUAACUUGCAGCCUGUUUCAUUAGCAGGUAGUGAUGGCAGGGUCUUCUGGGGCCGGGUGGUCCCUGUCCUGAGGACCUGUAGGUAGCCCCACAUCCUGCCCACCUUCUGUGGUUGGUCUUGGAUUUUAGCACACGGAGAUGCUGGGCUCCAACCCCCGGUACCUGAUUCACUAGAUCUGGAGUUGGGCUGAGCGUUGGCAUUUCUCGCGAGUGGCCCCGUGAUGCUGCUGCUGCUGCUGCUGGGGUGGCUGAGCAGGGGACACCCUCUGGAACCACUGCUUAGAGUUAAGUGUGGAGCGGACGGAAGGGUCCUAGGAAUCUGACCCCAAGCGCCGCCCUUAGGAUAGUGUAGUCGUAAGGCUGUGGGACGGGACUUCUGCGCAUCGAUGCUGGGAGCCGUGCUGUGUGCAUAUGUUUAAUCAUCUCGGCAGCACUGCAGGGAGGGGGUGGUGGCCUCAGCCUACAGAUGGGGAAAGGGAGGCCUGGAAAGGUUCACGUGACUCGUGCAGUUGCCACGUGGGAGAGCCGGGUCGAAGCCAGUGCUCGGUGCCGAGACCCUUAGAAAAUGAGUAAGUGUCAAAGGCCUCACAGAGCGAAGAUGAUUCUGGUACCACAAGCAGGAGUGAGCAGCCCGAGAAUGACCGUGUGGACACCGCUUCCCCGGCACUCUGUGCUCUCGUCCGCGGUGGUCUAAUUAGCGCUGACAGGACGGCCAGAAGAUUGGCAGUUGUGGAGAACCUUGGAUGACUCUCACGCUAAAUGUAUCCUGUGCCUCGGAAGAUUAGCUAAUUAAUUAGGUUGACACAUUAGUCGUCGUCAGCAAGGCGUCUUUAAACUGCACAUCUGGAACUUGAAGACCAAAUGCUACACUUUAAGCUACGUUCAAAGUCACCCAGCAUUCACUUUAGGACUUUAAACGCAUCGUGGUAAAUGUCUACAAGCUGCUCCUGAAUUGUCUUCACGUGGACAUGUCCCAGCAGCAUGAAGGCAUGUCCCUCUCAGCCCUCCUUUCUUGGGAUCCUCUUUUCCAGACUCUCAGUUUUGGAAAGUCCCGGGGCUGAGUCCUCUGCUUUCUUCCCAGGCGAUCUCAGGCCCGUGUCUCUAAACGCCACGCAGAUACCGGUCAUUCCCAUGUGUAUGUUUCCAGCCCCAAACUCACCCUGAACUACAGGCUGCCCACUUGCUCUCUGCCCGGACGUCUGGCAGGGGUGCUCGUGUGACGUGCACAGACCAGAGCUCAUGGUUCUCCGCCUCACCCACCGCCUCACCGGCUCCUCCCAGGGUGCCCACGGCAGGAAAUAAUGCCGUUUUUGAUCUAAGCGUUCAGGCUCAGCCCUGACUCCUCCCCCAAGCCACGCCUGACGUAUCCGUAAGUCCUCUGGGGCUUGCUUUUUGAUGUAUCCCCUCCUCCCUGGCACUUGUUCCGGGCCACCACCGUCUCUCCCUGGACUGCCGAGGCCCCCUCCUUCCUAACUGGCUUUUUGGUUUCCACCCUUGCCUCACGAUCGUCUGAUCGGCAUUCAUUAGAUCGAAUCAGGCCUGUUCACGAUUGUCAGAUAGCUUCCUGUCACAGUGUGAGGUCAGCCCAGAGUCCUUGCCGUGGCCUGUGGCGCCCUGUGCUCUGGCCCCCGAGCAGGCUUUCGAGCUUUUCCUUCAAGUGUUCUUGGAACAUGCCAGGUGCACUCCUGCCUCAGGGCCUUUGCUCUGGCUGUUCCGUCUGCCUGGAGCGGCGUGGGGUGCGCCUCCCGAGAGCCCGGGUCAGAAGCCGCGUCCGUCAUUUGCUGGUUACGAACCUUGGAAAGUUGCUCACGCCUCCUCCUCGUAAGUGGGUUUUCUCAUCGGAGAAGUGGAGCCAGCAUCUGGGCCGUCGUGCGGUCCUGACGGGAAGCCCGGCGAUGCCAAGGGCCGGGGAACCAAAGCUCUUGCGUGUGUUUGUGCCCUGACUCCUCCAGGUCCGGUUUGCAUGGCACUCGGGGGCCACUCCACCUUUCCCGUCACUCUCCCUCCACGGUCCCCUCAGCCCAGCCUUUUCGUUUCCCUUCUUCUAACGUGGCCCUUUUGCUGCUUUUCCGUGGUCUUUUCCCUCGUCGGGAGGUAAGCUCCUGUCAGCCGCUAUUUCACCAGAGCCCAGGAGGGCUCCUGGCACACAGCUGAGGCCCACCGAUUUUCGUGGACUGAGCAACGAGAGGCACAUAUUGGGUACAGACUCGGCCUCUUAUUGGAGAGGGGUGUGCUUCUCGGAGAGCUCGGAGGGCACAAGCAGAUAGCCCUGGUGGCCCUCCCGAGCCCCUCCCACUCAGCGUAGAGGCCACAGUGAGCCAGCUGCUUGUCGGGCUGGGGGCCUCUGUCCUUGCAAGUCAGGAGCUGUAAGGGGCAGGAGGCGACCGAUCCCGAAGGCCUGGAGAGCUGGUGGAAGAUGUGGGCACCUGUCCCUCUUCUGACACCGCUGUGGUCCAAGCAGAGCAGAGAUUGUGGGACCCCUUUACGGUUGCCCAUUGACCGUCUGCUGGGCGUUGACUGUUAGGUUUCUUUUGUGUAGCCGGAGAGGAAGGGGGGUAGGGUACUGUGCCGGUAAGCAGGCGUGGGUUUGGGCAUGGUGUUGAGCAUUUGGCCAAAGUUGCUAGGCCCCAGCAUGGGGCAUGUGGGAGAGAAAGGUGGGAAAGGUAACUUGGGGACCAGACUCUGCAGGGCCUUGAAUGCCAGUCCGGGCACUUGAGAAUUCCUCCUGUAGGUAUCCCGGGAAGCCUCAAUAUUUUAAGAAGUGUUCUCCACGCAUAUUUACACUUUUCCCAAGUAUUCCAAAUAUCAUGAAGUAAGCGGCAGAGGAGAAAAUUAAUUUCUGUUCACUUUUAAAAAAGUAGUCUCAGUCUCAGUUCCAAGUGGAAUUAUACAUUUAGGGGUGUGGGCUCUCUCCCCUUCGUGUCCCUUGGGCUACAUUUAAUUCCUGGCCCAGUCCUGACUUUGAAAAGAACAAAUGAACAGCUUCUUCAGAAGGCCGGGUGCUGGUUAGCGGAGAGGGGCCUGCUGUGGCUGCCCUUGUCGAGAGAACUAGCAGGCCCGGUGGAGGUCCUCAGAACCCAGAAGCUGGCUCACGGGGAUGCCUUGGAAUCUGAGGUUCUGACCCCUCGUGGUUUGCAGGUUAGGUUAGACCCCAGGAAAGAUGGAGUGGCGGGCUUUACUUUAGGGUUCAUUUCUGUAGAGUGUCCCUUUUAGGCCUGCCUGGAUUGAAACAAAGCAGCCUUGUUUUGGAUACAGUAUCAAUAUAUUCAGUGAGGAUUAGUACUUUGUUGUUGUUGAUACACCCCUGCCAGAAAUAAGGCAACUGGCUGGAUGUGGAAAAACACCAGACUGGGAGUCUGUGACUUGGGUUCUCUGGCUGUGGAAGCUUGAGGAAACGUCUUUCUCUCUGUGGAUCUCAUUUUCCUCAUUUUGGAAUGAGAGGGAUGUGAAUCUUAACCUUUGGAGCUCUUUGAGACUUCGAUAACAGCCGUGGACUUUCCUUCUCCCAAAAUGAACACCCACGGUUUGGCCAACACUUCAGGAACCCCCUGAAGCCCACGAGACCAAGCGCUGUACCUGUAAGGCCCUUCCCAGCUGACUUCCCCUUUACGUCCCCCCAUUUACGUACCUCCACCUUCAACAGGGCCUUUGCACACGCUGCCCCUGCACAAAGUGCUGUUCACCCCUUUGUUUGGUCAAUUCCUGCUCACCCUCUGAGUGUCACCCUUCCCUGACCUCUGAGAUUAGAUUAGGUUGCCCUGCUAGACGUACUUCCCUUACCCUGAACGUCUCAGCACAUGUUAUCUGACUCUCCCUAAGCUCCGUGUUGGUAUUUAUUAGGUGAACCCCUGGGGUGCCUCCGACCGCACAUUCUGUGAUUGACGUGUGACUGUGCGAGCGUGUCAGAAGAAAAUAGCAAUCUGUGCUCUGUGCUUCCUGUGACACUCUGCACAAGAUGUGUUGGGUUUUUUUUUGUUUGUUUGUUUUUUGUUUGUUUUUUGCCUUGGCUGAUUUCCUCUGGGGCUGGGCAGGGAAGUCACUUCAAAGCAGGGCCUAGAGGGCCCAGAAGACUGGCUCCCAGACUUUCUGCCUCAGUGCCCCGCUGAGCCUGACCUCCAGGCUGGUCCUUCCCCUUUGUUUAUGUUCUGGGCUGAGCUGCAGCUCCCACUUGGAGCCUUCCCACAGUGCCUGGUGCUUCCUCAUAUUGUUGUAUUUUUCUCCAGGGGGGAAGUGACCAACAUCAGACUUUCCUCCGAGCAGACAAAGUCCACGCACAAAGCCUCGCGUCAGCUGCCGGGCACCUGCCUCCGUCUCCGGGCCUCUUGGGGGAGGUGAAUGUGCGCAUUACAGGCGUCACUUGCCUUUCCCCGUGAUUUGCCUCUUAAUUUCCCUCCAGGAGUGUUCAUGCCCUGCAGGAAAUCCAGCAGCGCCUUGUGUGGAGGGGAGGGUUCUCUGUAAGAUGCUUCAGAACCUCGGCAGCCACAACAUUACCUCCCUGCUUUAGGUCACUUUCCACGUUCUAAGGUGUUACUCUGAUAGUUCAAACAUCAUAGGUGAAAUUUUAUUUGCGCCAAAGAAAUGAGUUGUCUACCAGAAUGUUGCAACACGUCUCCUCUGAUGUGGGGGGAAAACAAAAAACAAAAAAACAAAAAAAAACCCUUGUGCAGGUAAAUACGUUUUCUUUAAUCUAUCUGAAGCUGGAUGUUUACAGACUUUAAUAAAAUAAUAAAAACAACUAUCCUUCAAGAGUGUCUGCUAUGUGCCAGGCACUUUUUCAACAUCAUAUUUAACCUUUUCGCUGCCCUAUGAAGUAGGUGGCAUAAUUGUACACAUUUUACAUAAGUGAAAAACUCAGGACCAGAGAGGUUAGGUUCCUGUCCCCAAGUUGCCCAGCUGAAAGUGCUCACAGAGAUUCAAACCAGGCCCGCUGUCCUCCUGGGCCAGCACCUUCCCACUGCCCUCCUUCCUCCUCCAGUCGUGAGGAAAUGGGUAGUGGGAUUUCCUAGGCAAGGAUACAGAUGGAACUCCGCUCUCUCACCAGAUGGUGGCCCUGAUCCCCCCCCCCCCAUCUGUAGUGCAGGGGAGGAGCUGGGUGGGCCCUGCCCUUCUGUGAGUGAUUUGGGCUGCCGUAGUAAUGCCUCAAUACUGAACAUGUGGUCACAUAGAGUCUGAUCAUAUGGUACACGCGUCCACGGCAUCCCUGAAGCAUUUGUGUGAAACAAGGAGCCACAUCGUAUUGGCCGGGAGGUGAAUGCUCUGUUUCUGGUAGCAAUGCGUUGUCCAUUCAGCUCAUCUGUUAGAGUCCCGUAUUGCCUCCCUAAUGUGCGGACCAGAGGUGGGUCACUGGCCACAUUCAUAAGAAAAUGCGUCCCAAGUUAGAAACAGUUGACUUACUGAUGAGCCUUACAAAUGAACUAGAAAUUUGCUUGAGAGAACAACUUUGAAAUGAGGACCCUGUGGUCCAGCUGCUUCUCAAGGAAUCAUGACCUCCCCUAAUGAUUCAAAUGUCAACUUUCUGGGCAUAGGGGAAGAUAAAGAAAAUGGCCUGUCGUUAGGAAUAACCCAUGAAAGCUCAGCCUGGAAAAUGUUUCUGAUGGCGCACCCAAACUCGGUCCAUUUCUGACUUUCAGCUUCUUGGUCACCUGAUUGCCCACUCCUCCCCCAGGAAAAGGCAGCGUGGAAAGUGUUUGGAAAUACAGUUCACUCUGAGGCCGCUACCGUGCCGAUGAGUAAUAGAGCGUCAAAGGAAGGCCGUGGAAGAGCUUCCUAAUAUAGACCGACCGGUUACGGGACCCGCCGGUAGGGCGAUAACAAGCCUUUCCUUCUGGUUUCCUCCCUGGGAGUGAAGGGAGUUUGAAAGGCGGGAGGCAAAGACCUCUCAGAGCAGAAAUCAGGUUUUUCCUGCAAGAGUGUGCCAGGGCUCGCUGCUGGGUGAUUGGGAUGUCUGAGAGAUGAAGCCCCUUUCAGCCAGUGCCUUGGUCCUCAAUCGCUGCUCAGCGAAGACACCUGGGCUUGGGAGAACCCUCUGAGCCCCUGGCUUUAGAAUGGGCAAUGCUGCUGAAAAACAGAAGCCCCGGAAACGAAGCCGUCUGUGCCCCUGGAAACAAGACUCUCAGCGCUCCCAUCUCUCCUCCUUCACCAUGAAGCUCAAGGACAAGUUCCACUCGCCCAAAAUCAAGCGAACGCCGUCCAAGAAGGGAAAACCAGCUGAGGUGUCGGUGAAAGUCCCGGAGAAGCCUGUGAACAAAGAGGCAACAGACAGAUUUCUACCAGAGGGCUACCCUAUCCCCUUGGAUCUGGAGCAGCAGGCAGUAGAAUUUAUGUCCACCAGUGCUGUGGCUUCCAGGUCUCAAAGGCAGAAGAACCUGAGCUGGCUGGAAGAGAAAGAGAAGGAGGUCGUUAGUGCCUUGCGCUACUUCAAGACCAUUGUGGACAAAAUGGCUAUUGAUAAGAAGGUACUGGAGAUGCUUCCAGGGUCAGCCAGUAAGGUGCUGGAGGCCAUCUUACCCCUGGUGCAGAGCGACCCUCGAAUUCAGCACAGCUCAGCCCUCUCCUCCUGCUACAGCCGGGUGUACCAAAGUCUCGCCAACCUCAUCCGCUGGUCUGACCAAGUGAUGCUGGAAGGGGUGAACUCAGAAGAUAAAGAGGUGGUCACGACGGUGAAAGGGGUCAUCAAGGCCGUGCUGGACGGAGUGAAGGAGCUGGUCAGACUUACCAUCGAGAAGCAGGGGCAUCCGUCUCCAACCAGCCCAGUGAAACCCAGUUCCCCAGCCUGCAGACCUGAUGGCCAGUCUGAGGUCCCCCUGACAGAUCGAGAGAUGGAGAUUCUGAACAAGACAAGUGGCCUGUCCCAGUCAGCCGAGCUGCUUCCAGACUCUACAGAUGAAGAGGUCGCGCCCCCCAAACCCCCCUUACCUGGCAUUCGGGUGGUUGAUAAUAGUCCUCCACCAGCAUUGCCACCGAAGAAAAGACAGUCAGCUCCGUCCCCGACCCGAGUGGCCGUCGUGGCCCCCAUGAGUCGGGCCACCAGUGGUUCCAGUUUGCCCGUUGGAAUUAAUAGGCAGGAUUUUGAUGUGGACUGUUACACACAGAGGCGGCUGUCAGGAGGCAGCCACUCAUACGGCGGAGAAUCGCCCCGCCUGUCCCCCUGCAGCAGCAUGGGCAAGCUCAGCAAGUCAGACGAGCAGCUGUCCUCUCUGGACAGGGACAGCGGGCAGUGCUCCCGGAACACAAGCUGUGAAACACUAGAUCACUAUGAUCCCGACUACGAAUUCCUUCAGCAAGACCUCUCUAAUGCAGACCAGAUACCUCAGCAAGUGGCCUGUAAUCUUAGCCCGUUGCCGGAGUCCUUGGGAGAGUCUGGGUCUCCGUUCCUUGGCCAUCCCUUCCAGUUGUCCCCGGCACCUGGCAGCUGUCCCCAGCAAGAGGGGUCCUCAGCUCCAGGACAGCAGAUGGACAUGCCGCCUGCCCUCCCCGAGAAGAAGCGCAGGAGCGCGGCCUCGCAGACCACGGACAGCUCUGGCUGCAGGGUGUCCUACGAGCGACACCCCUCGCAAUACGACAACAUCUCUGAGGUUGACCUGCAGAACCCAGCCUCGGCCCCGUCUGUCCCCUUCACGCCCUUUGCUGCUGUUCUCCCCUUUCAGCAAGGAGGGUCCCCAGCCUCUGUCGAGUUUGUGGGUGACUUCACUGUUCCUGAGUCAUCGGGUGACCCGGAAAAACCGCCUCCUCUACCAGAGAAGAAAAACAAACACAUGCUGGCCUACAUGCAGCUGCUGGAGGACUACUCGGAGCCGCAGCCGUCCGUGUUCUACCAGACGCCGCAGAACGAGCACAUCUACCAGCAGAAGAACAAGCUCCUCAUGGAGGUGUACGGCUUCAACGACUCCUUCAGCGCCGAGGCCCCGCAGGAGCUGGCCCCGCCCCCCGCCCUGCCCCCCAAGCAGCGGCAGCUGCAGGCCUCCUAUGCUGCUUCUUCCUUCUCCUCUGUCUCCUACUGUGUCCAGCAAACUAAAGUGGCCUUCACCCCCGAGGACGGCAGUGCCACUCAGGGCAUCAGUGUGUCCGUCUCUAACUCCUUUCUCAGCCGGCACGGCAACUUGCCCGUGCCCUCGUAUAAAUCUGUGUUUAGGUCCUACUCCCAGGAUUUCGUGCCUCACAACCAAGCUUCCGUUCAGCCUUUCCUCCCGUCUACCCCCUCUUCCUCUCCACACUUCCCGCCCGUCCACCAGUCUCAGAGCUCUGACUUAGCGGUGCCGACCGUGGCCAGUCUGCCUCCCAGCACCGUGGACGGGCCUCUCUCGUCUUCUCAGGAGAGCAGCUUUCAUGGGAACACUGUCUGCCUUCCUUCCGAAACCUCUCUCACUGACUCGCCCCCGACGCCUUCGAGUGAAAACGCCAGCGAGGAGGCUGGUGAGGGUGAAUACGUCAAUCUGUAUUCCUCUGGCCAGAGCAGCGAGGAGCUGCCUCACUCCCGAGGAGAAUCACCAGCUACGAAAGACGGACAUCCCAGAGACCCCGCAUUGGGCAGCGGUGCGCCUGGGAAGGAGAGCAGAGACGGCGAAAGGGCCCCAAGGUCACCAGAUGCUUCAGAGUUGGCUCGGUCGGAGGAGGAAGUUGACGAGCUGUCCCUCAUCGACCAUAAUGAAAUCAUGGCAAGGCUGACACUGAAGCAAGAGGGUGAUGAUGGGCCGGACGUCCGUGGCGGGUCCGGAGAUAUCCUGCUGGUGCACGCUACUGAGACAGACAGGAAAGAUUUGGUGUUGUACUGCGAGGCCUUCUUGACCACCUACAGGACCUUCAUCACCCCGGAGGAGCUCAUCAAGAAGCCACACUCCACGUACGAGAAGUUCUCUCCCUUCGCCGACACGUUCAAGAAACGCGUGAGCAAGAACACGUUCUUCGUGCUGGUGCGGGUGGUGGAUGAGCUCUGCCUGGUGGAGUUGACAGAAGAGAUCUUGAAGCUGUUGAUGGAACUGGUCUUUCGCUUGGUGUGCAACGGGGAGCUCAGCCUGGCACGCGUGCUCCGGAAGAACAUCCUGGACAAGGUGGACCAGAAGAAGCUGCUCAGGUGUGCCAACUCCGACCAGCCCCUGGCAGCCAGGGGGGUGGCCGCCAGGCCAGGGACGUUACACGACUUCCACAGCCACGAGAUAGCUGAGCAGCUGACCCUGCUGGAUGCCGAGCUCUUUUAUAAAAUAGAGAUUCCUGAGGUUUUGCUUUGGGCCAAAGAGCAGAAUGAGGAGAAAAGCCCCAACUUGACCCAGUUCACGGAGCACUUCAACAACAUGUCCUACUGGGUCCGCUCAAUAAUCAUGUUACAAGAAAAAGCCCAGGACAGGGAGCGGCUGCUGUUGAAGUUCAUCAAGAUCAUGAAGCACCUACGGAAGCUGAACAACUUUAACUCCUACCUGGCCAUCCUCUCAGCACUGGACUCGGCGCCCAUCCGCAGGCUGGAGUGGCAGAAACAGACCUCGGAGGGCCUGGCCGAGUACUGCACACUGAUCGACAGCUCGUCCUCCUUCCGCGCCUACCGCGCUGCCCUCUCCGAGGUGGAGCCCCCCUGCAUCCCGUACCUGGGGCUUAUCCUGCAGGACCUCACCUUUGUUCACCUGGGAAACCCAGACUAUAUCGACGGGAAGGUGAACUUUUCCAAACGGUGGCAGCAGUUCAACAUCCUGGACAGCAUGCGAUGCUUCCAGCAAGCGCACUACGACAUCCGGAGAAACGACGACAUCAUCAACUUCUUCAAUGACUUCAGCGACCACCUGGCGGAGGAGGCGCUGUGGGAACUGUCUCUGAAGAUCAAGCCCAGGAACAUAACGAGGAGAAAAACAGACCGGGAGGAGAAAACCUAGAAGCGGGUGGCACGAGCGAGGAGAACGCGGCUCGAGAGGGGCCCCGAGGGCGGCUCCGAGACCGGGAGGGACGUUGGACCUGUCCCCGGGCAGGCUGCACGCGUCCUGGCCCCGAGGCCCAGCCAGCCCUCGGCUGUGACGGGCGGGAGCCCCGGCAGCCUCCCGGCCCCGCGGGAGCGGACGCCAGGCCCGCAGCGGAGCCAGCAGGCGGGUCUCGUUCCCGAUUUGUGAACCCGUGGUGUUGGUUUCUGCUUUCACUUCUGUGUCCCCCUCCGCACCCCUCCCCCGCCUGGCAAC